AUGCAUGCUCUGUGGGUGCUGGCAGGACUGUCGGUGCAGGGCUGGAGCUGGGGGAGCAGCAGGAGGAGCAGGAUGCAGCCUGUGGAGAGCAUCCCUGCCCAAGGCAAGAAGUGUGGGUGCUGCAGCCUCGAGGGCUGCUUCUGCAGACCCGUGGGCACCAUGAGGAGACUCACCUGUGGAGGAGAAUGCUUCCAGAAAAAGUGCUCAGGACCAGGGUUGGCCUGGAUGGUUCCACAGAGGUGCUGCUGUGCUCGGGACCCCCGUGCCAUGAUCACAUCCCGCACCGCCUGGGAUCUGGGAUCCGGGCCCUCCGCCGGAGCCACCUGGAAGACGAAGGACCUUGCCCCGGACGGCUGUGGGCAGGACAGGCUCAGCACUGAGAGCAGAGCAGGUGCCUCUCCCCGAGCUCCUCUGCUACCAGCACUGCUUCACCAUAAAAUCCUCAGCGUGAGCUGGCCGGACACUGCAAACCCCCGUGGGCUCUGCCGGGCUCUCCAGGCCCUGCGGGACACGAGGUGCAAGCGGCGGGAGGAGACGCGGCCCCACACCCCGACAGUGGCCACGGAGGAACCUCCUGCAGCCCCCCGUGAGCCAGCGGCUGCUGCGGCGCUGCAGGCAGCCCCCACCAUGAACCUGGAGAAAACAGGAGGGAGGCUCUGCAGUGGGAAACGUGCCAGCCUGCCCACAGCCCGGCCCUUCCCCGUGAUCCAGGAGGUGAUGGCCUCCAUGGCACACCUGCAGAAGGAGAAGCUGCGGCUGCAGGAAGAGGUGCUGGAGCUGCAGGAGAAGCUCGCUGCCCAGGAGAACAAUGAGCUCUCCCUCUCUUUCCAGCUGCAAGGCCAGGUGGAAACUCUGAAGGCAAAACUCCUGGAGCAGGCACAGGAGAUCAGCCGGCUGCGCUCAGAGCUGGGCGGCACGGAUGCGGAGAAGCACCGGGACCUGCUGGCGGCCGAGAACGAGCGCCUGCGGCAGGAGAUGAAAGCGUGCGAGGGGGAGCUGCGGGAGCUGCAGCGGCAGCAGCAGGCGCCGUGUAGGGACUGUCCCCACCUGCAGGAGAAUGCCGGGCUGCAGGAGCAGCUGUCCCAGCUGCAGCGGGAGGCAGAGGAGACGCGGGCCAAGCUGGUGGAGCUGGACCUGGAGGUGCAGCAGAAGACGAACCGCUUGGCUGAGGUGGAGCUGCGGCUCAAGGACUCCCUGGCUGAGAGAGCUGAGGAGGAGGAGCGGCUCAGCCGGCGGCUGCGGGACAGCCAGGAGACCAUCGCCAGCCUCAAGUCCCAGCCCCAGCAGAUAAAGUACAUCAUCAAGACGGUGGAGGUGGAGUCAGCCAAGGCAAAACAAGCCCUGUGCGAGACCCAGUCCCGAAACCAGUACCUGCUGGAGCAGGUGGGGAUGCAGAAGCAGGUGCUGAAGGAGAUGGAGCAACAACUGCAGAGCUCCCAGAAGACAGAAGCUCAGCUCCGAGCUCAGAUCAUGAUGUACGAGGCUGAGCUGGAGCGAGCCCAUGGGCAAAUGCUGGAGGAGAUGCAGGCGAUGGAGGAGGAGAAGAACCGUGCCAUUGAAGAGGCAUUUUCCCGCGCCCAGGUGGAGAUGAAGGCGGUGCAUGAGAACCUGGCAGGUGUCCGGACCAACCUGCUGACGCUGCAGCCGGCUCUGCGCACCCUCACCCAUGACUACAACAGCCUGAAGCGUCAGGUCCGCGACUUCCCCCUGCUGCUCCAGGAGACCCUGCGCAGCGCCAGGGCCGAGAUCAGCCAGGCCAUCGAGGAGGUGCACAGCACCAACCGGGAGCUGCUGCGCAAGUACCGGCGGGAGCUACAGCUCCGCAAGAAGUGUCACAACGAGCUGGUGCGGCUCAAAGGAAACAUCCGUGUUUUUGGGCGAGUCCGUCCCAUCACAAAAGAGGAUGGGGAGGGCCCCGAGGCAGCCAAUGCUGUGACCUUCGAUGCCGAUGAUGAUGCUGUCCUGCACCUCCUGCACAAGGGGAAGCAGGUGUCCUUUGAGCUGGAUAAGGUCUUCCCCCCACAAGCAUCCCAGGAGGAGGUGUUUCAGGAGGUUCAAGCCCUGGUCACCUCCUGCAUUGAUGGCUACAAUGUCUGCAUCUUCGCCUAUGGACAGACAGGGGCAGGAAAAACCUACACAAUGGAGGGGACGGCAGCAAACCCAGGGAUCAACCAGCGGGCCCUGCAGCUGCUCUUCUCUGAGGUGCGGGGCAAAGCGGCUGACUGGGACUACACCAUCACUGUCAGCGCUGCAGAGAUCUACAACGAGGCACUCAGGGACUUGCUGGGGAAGGAGCCGCAGGAGAAGCUGGAGAUCAAGCUGUGCCCUGAUGGCAGCGGGCAGCUCUACGUGCCUGGACUCACGGAGUUCAGGGUGCAGAGCGUGGAAGACAUCAACAAGGUCUUUGAGUUUGGCCACAUCAAGCGAGUGACAGAGUGCACCAACCUGAAUGAGCACAGCUCUCGCUCCCACGCCCUCCUCAUCGUUACCGUCCGCGGCCUCGACCGCAGCACGGGGCUCCGCACCACAGGGAAGCUGAACCUGGUGGACCUGGCGGGCUCGGAGCGGGUCGGGCGCUCGGGUGCGGAGGGCAGCCGGCUCCGUGAGGCGCAGCACAUCAACAAGUCCCUGUCAGCCCUGGGAGAUGUCAUCUACGCCCUGCGCUCCCGGCAGGGCCACGUGCCCUUCCGCAACUCCAAGCUGACCUACCUGCUGCAGGACUCGCUCAGCGGCGACAGCAAGACACUGAUGAUGGUGCAGGUCUCCCCUGCCGAGAAGAACACCAGCGAGACGCUGUGCUCCCUGAAGUUUGCUGAGAGGGUUCGUUCUGUGGAGCUGGGUCCUGUCUCCCGCAAGGCUGAGCUGGGCUCCUGGACCAGCCAGGAGCACCUGGAGGGUGACUCGCCGGGUUCCACAGCACCACUUGGCCGGGGCCACACCUCCCCCAGCCCGGGGCAGCUCUCCAGUCGCUCUGCCUCCAUCCGCAGGAAGCUCCACACCUCAGGGAAGCUGAGGCCAGUCCCCCUGUGA